AUGGCUACUCUUCUUGCUAAACGCGAGGCCAUUAAAUCCAAACGCACACAGAUCAACGACUCUGCAUACUUUUUGAAACGUUUUCGGGUCCCAUCAAGAGCACAAUAUCUUGCCCAAGAGGAGAAUUGGGACAGUUUUGAAAAGGAAAUGGCCGAACCCAAUCUCGUCCCCGAUACUGAUAACCUUCGACUAUUUGCAUGGUGGAGCGCAUCAAAGAGUAAAGGAAGGCUAGCCGAGAAAGCGGAUAUCAAAACAUUGUGCUUCAAUAUGGGGAGAUUUCAACGCUUGUAUAAUGCUUGCCAUAAAUACCAGAUACCGGACGAAGAUCUCAAGGAUGUUAGGGAGUAUAUCAGGACGGACGUAGCAGAAGAACUCGGACUCCAAGAUCAGGAAAUGCCUAAAGGGUAUGCCGACUGGGAGGAUAUCAAAAUUGUCAUCCGCUAUAUCAUAGCGGAAGAUGCACACGUCUAUAUCGAUAAACGAUUCCGGGCUCAAAUUGUGUGCAUAAUACUGCUUGUGGCCGAGAAUGGCGAGCGGCUUGGAGCUAUUGCACGCUCGGAAUCCUAUCGCCAGGAAGAUAUAGCACUGUGUUACAAGGACGUUGAGCUCUUUUUACGACCUGCUUCCGACGAACAUCCUGGUCCUAGGAUCAAGAUGAGCAUCACGUACGACAAUCGUAAAAACGAACGUGACAAACAUGAGAAUUAUGUGGAAACCUACUUUCAGCGGACUGACCUUGCCCAUUGCACCAUUCUGUGGUUCUUGGUUUUGGCUUUUUUGGAUGAUGCUUUCGAUCGUGAAUAA